AACAACAAGUGUAGCAGGCUGGAUCUGGUUGACUUGCACAACCCUCUUGACAUCAGCCUCAAGCCAGGUGCUGUGUCACUGCUUUCUAUUUCUUCCUCUCUGUCUAGAUGACGGCCGUUCUGCAAGCAACGGACGCUUUUCGGAACGACAGACUCAUGGCCCCUCACGACGACAUCAAUUAUUCCUCCUCGGGGGACUGGAAGGCAAAGUACAUGGAAGUGGCCGAUAUGCUGGCAGAAACUCGUGCCGAACUUGAUGACUUUCAUGCCUCCAGUAAGGACCUGGAAGAAGAGUUAGAGAGGGAACUUGAGCGAACCGAGAAGGCCCAGCGGGAACUGAAGGUCAAGGUCGCCAAAGCUGAGCAUGAGAAAGACGAGUGGAAGUCCAAAUUCGUGUCGCUACAAACGCUGCAUAACACGACUACGACGUCUUUGCAAAGGGAACUUGAUACUCUACGGCAGGAUUACCAGAAGAUCAAGAUUCAACUUCGAGAGUUGGAAAUGGGUAAUGACGAUUUGGAACGAAAUGAGAGAGCAAUCUCGUCUAGCCUGGCUGAUGCGGAGCAGAAAUACUCUCGUGUCCUUGAAGAGAAAAUCCUACUCGAACAUGAGCUUCUAGACAAGGCGAACCUCGAAGAGGAAAGUCAGCGAUUGAAGGACGAACUCAGAGAUGCCAAUGAGGAAAUUGUCAUUCUGAAAGAGCAGCUUUCAACCGCCCUUCAACGCAAUGUUUUCACAACCGACAUUACCUAUUCAGCCCCGCCAUCUAUUGUCUCGCACUCUGAGAAUGAAAGUUUACUUUCUACGCCUGCGCCUCCAGAUCUUGAAUUGUCGGAUUUGACACCACCGCCCGAGACCCCUGCAAAGGACUUCCCGCCUGUAACCACUAAGGCUCACAGGAACUCGGAACCCAUCAAUACUUCGCCUUCCGGUCAGGCAUCACUCCUUCAUCGAGCCGGUUUCCAACCACCACGAGCUGGGCAUUCUUCACCACCCAGUGGUAUUCCGUCACAUCUUACACGCUCUAGCACUGUUCCCACAUCGAUGGGUUCGCCACGCACACCUUCAUCGCGCCCUGCUACUAACCGAGUUGCCUCUACGAUGAGCAGCACAAGUACAGUGACUGGUGUUCCAGGGACAACAACGAAGAGUAGAGGUGUCCAAAUGGUCUCAGAGAUGAGAGCCCGCGUAAAGGUGUUGGAGCAGAAGAUUCACACUCGAGUCCCACGAUUACGAAUGGGUAGCGUCACUAAUCGUGCAAGUGCCAACGCAAUGCCGCCACCUAAAGCAGGGCCCUCAACAUCUAUGCCUUCUCCGGCCCCUUCGACUUCGUCUUCUUCACUGAAGACUAAUUCUUCCGAUGGCAGAAGUGGUGUGAAAAAUCGACGGCAAAGUAUAGAAUCGGAAGGCGACAAACACACACCCAUUCGCGAUAGUUCUGGUUGGGUGAUGAUUACGGAAGUAUCUCCAUCUCCCGUCAAGGACAUAGAGAAAGAGCGUCGUCGGACAUCGGUUCCCGCUGCUCCAUCUGCCUUCCGUCCUCUUUCUUCCACCUCUGCAUCGCCAUCACCUUCCACCAGUAGUCGACCACCAAGUGCCUUAUCACAGAGUGUUGCACCCACUCGAAGAUCACAAUCAAGGUUAUCCGUGUCGACUGAAGGCAGAAGUAGUAUCAGCACGAACGCAACAACAAGUACAGCCAGUUCAAUACCAACACCAACUUCGCGGCCAGCGACCCCUACAUUCCUUCCUGUACCCAGCUCCGGCAUGUAUCAUAGUUCUAUCGCGCAGAAACGGUCAGCAGGACCCGCCUCUGGAGCAUAUAAUCAGAAGAAACGCUCCUCCUUUGGUUCGAGUACGUUAGGCCCCCCUUCCGUGGACGGACCCUCGUUGAUUCCCUCCCCUUAUACUAACCUAACAGUUCGGCCAAAUGCCAAAGUCAGUCAAUCGCCGUCCUUUGCCCAGAGCAGGAUAGGACGUCCAGGCGGUAGCCCUCGCAAGAGUAUUGGGGACGGCGGCACAGAGUCCGAUACUACCACUCUCAGAAUUGGGCGAGGGCGAGCUGGCACCGCGUCAGCCUUGUUUGGCCGUAGUCCGUUCUGACCCAUCAUGCCGUUAAGCACUCACAGUUUUGCCUGAUACCUCGCUGCCACGUUGAGGGUUGUGGCCCUAUACAUUACGUUAAUCCCUGCCUCUCCAUUGCGCACGUGGUGAGGCGACCUUAUGUCUUUCCUUUUUCUUAAUGAAUAAUGAUCUGAAUGCUCUUUCACGAUACAGUAGAAUGUCGCGACCAUGCUACAUGAGGUAUAUUUGCUUUCCUUCUAUCCCUUUGUGCACUUUCUUCUUUCUUUUUAUUCUCCGGAACCAAUCUUAAAUAUUAUCAUCGCCGCUGGGUUAGUGUACGGUAUUAUACAGUUCAGGCUUGUGAUUGCUGUGUAUUCUCGUAUUCUCUUUUCUCUCCAUCUCAUCUCGAUGUAAUAUCCUCCAUUCGUUUUUAUAGACUCACACUGGUUGACCUUGAAAUGGCAGUCCCACCUUACACCUUU